AUGGCGAUCCGGAUGAGCAACAACGUGAUCCGCGCGGUGACCCUGGUUAUGUUGCUGCUCUCGGUGCCCAUCAUCGUCGCGGGCGUCUGGCUGCGGUCGCGCGCCGACGGCACCGAGUGCGACCACUUCCUGUCCACCCCGGCCAUCGCGCUGGGGACGGCGCUCAUGGCCGUCUCCCUCGCGGGCCUCGCCGGCGCCUGCUGCCGCGCCACCUGGCUGCUGUGGCUCUACCUUCUCGCCAUGCUGGCCUUCAUCGUUGCGCUGCUCUGCUUCACCGUCUUCGCCUUCGUCGUCACCGACAAGGGCGCCGGGGAGGCCGUGUCGGGCGCCGGGUACAAAGAGUACCGCCUCGGGGACUACUCCACCUGGCUGCGGCGCCACGUCGAGGGCCGCAGGACCUGGGCCAGGAUCCGGAGCUGCCUCGCCGACGCGCACGUCUGCCGGCGCCUCCUGGAGGAGGAGAGCAAGGACAAGGACGCGGCGGCGGGUCUGGCGCGGCUCGGCCUGUCCCCGGUCGAGUCCGGGUGCUGCAAGCCGCCCGCGAGCUGCAACUUCACGUACGCCGGCGGCACGGAGUGGACCAAGACGAAGGCGGCGGCAGGGGCAGGCUCCGCCGACUCGGACUGCGGCGCGUGGAGCAACGACGAGGACGACCUCUGCUACGGGUGCCAGUCGUGCAAGGCCGGCGUGGUGGACGCGCUCAAGCGGGACUGGAAGCGGGCUGCCAUUGUUAACGUUGUCAUCCUCGCCUUCGUCGUCAUCGUUUACUCCGUCGGCUGCUGCGCCUUCAGGAACAGCCGCCGGGACAACUACGCUUACCACAGCGGCCGCGGAUGGAGACGAGGCGGUGACGACGCUUAA